GCCUGCCUGCCCAGGGCUCUCUGAGGGCUGAGCCUCCUCGGGCUGGUAAUCCGCGGAGGAAAUUUCUUCCUGUCCUUCCUCCUUUGUUGCCCUGGAUGGACUGUGCCCAGCACCUGUUCCUUGGGUGAGCCCGGGCAGAGAAGGACAAGCGUUGAGGCGAGGCGAGGCCGGAAGCUCAGAGGUUGGGGUCCAAGAGGCCGCGUUUGUGCCAAAGCCAUGGUGAGGAACAUGGAUGAUCUUGACUUCUGCCUCCAGUCGCACCCCCAGGACAUCCUGGAGGGGCUGCGGGCCUUCCGCACCCACCCCAAGCUGUCGGACAUCACCCUGCUGGUGGGCAGCCAGGCCUUCCCGUGCCACCGCAGCCUCCUAGCCCUCUGCAGCCCCUACUUCCACGCCAUGUUUGCGGGGGACUUUGCCGAGAGCAUCACUGCCCAGGUGGAGCUGCCGGAUGUGGACCCCGGGACCAUGGGGAUGCUGCUGGACUUUGUGUAUACGGGCAGGCUCACCAUCAACCAGGACAACGUGGAGGCUCUGACCCAGACCUCCAACCGGCUCCAUUUCCCCACCGUGCAGAAAGUGUGCAGCCGCUACCUGCAACAACAGAUAGAUGCCACCAACUGCCUGGGCAUCUGCGACUUUGGGGAGCGCCACGGCUGCCAAGAGGUGUCCUCCAAGGCCUGGUCCUUCCUGCAGGAGAACUUUGAGGCUGUGUCUCAAGAAGAGGAGUUCCUGCAGCUGCCCAAAGACAGGCUGGCCACCUACCUGGCCAACGAGCUGCUCCAGGUGCGGGAGGAACAGAGCCGGGCAGAGGCCCUGCUCAGGUGGGUGAGGUACGAGGAGGAGGCCCGGGCCCGCUACCUGCCCGAGUUGCUGGACCUGGUGCACCUGGUUGCCCUUCCCGAUCAAUUCCGGCAGCACCUGCUCUGCACGGAGCCUUUGACUCGGGCUUCUGAGGCCUGCAAGGCGGUGAUCUCCCAGCACCAGAGCCCGUCUUCGACGAUGCUUCCGCAGAAGCUGGAGGAAGUUCUGGUGAUAGUAGGUGGGCGAGCACUGGAAGAUUCAGAAGAUGAAGAAAACCAUGAGGAGCCUCUGCCCAUCUCCAGGAACUGUGCCUUCUAUAACACAAAGUCCAAAUGCUGGACCGCCCUUCCCGAUUUCCCCGACUACCACAAAUGGGGCUUUUCUCUCGUGGCACUGAACAACGAUAUUUAUGUCACAGGUGGCUCCCGCGGCAGUAAGAUAGACACCUGGUCCACGACCCAGGCCUGGUGCUUUUCCCAGAAGGAGGGCAUCUGGAAACUUAUUGCACCGAUGUUGAAAGCCCGUACCAACCACGCCAGUGCUGCGCUCAAUGGAGAGGUCUACGCCAUUGGGGGUACCACUAUGGACGUGGUAGAGGUAGAGAGCUAUAAUCCAUACAACAACAGCUGGUCGGUCAUCGGUCCAGCACUGAAGUAUGUGAGUAACUUCUCUGCUGCUGGCUGCCACGGGAGGCUCUACCUCGUGGGCUCAUGUGCCUGCAAAUACAACGCGCUGACGCUGCAGUGCUAUAACCCCCUCACAGAAGUCUGGAGUGUGAUUGCCUCACCUUUCAUCCCAAAGUACCUCUCCUCCCCUCGCUGUGCCUCUCUGAAUGGGGCCAUCUACCUCAUUGGGGACAACACCAAGAAAGUCUACAUGUAUGACCCCGAAGCCAACGUGUGGCAGAAGGUUCAGCUCCUUCACAGUCUGCAUGAGAACGGUGGCAUGGUGUCCUUGGGAGACAAGCUCUACGUGACGGGUGGCCGCUGGCAGGGCAUGGAAGGGGACUACCGGGUAGAGAUGGAGGUGUACGAUGGGACUAAAAACGUCUGGACACGGGAAGGGGCCCUGCCCUGCCUCUGGCUUUACCACAGCUCUUCCUCCAUCUUCAUGGAUGUCUCCAAGUGGACAGAGCCCUUUGUGAGGAGCUAAGGUCCUCGGGAGCUCAGCCCUGUUCUUCCGCCGUCCUCUGCUAAAGCUCAGCUGCCAGCGGGGGUGUUCAUGGGAGCUCUCCUUGCGUCGUGAUGCUUCUCUCCGCCGUGUUUGGACAUCGUCCCGUGUUCAAGUUUCUGAUGCUUCCUGCUUCCCAGGGCUGGAAGCCCUCAAGGGAAGGAGAUACCCACUGGUUCCCAAAGAGAUUUUGAAUGUGACUGCCACGGUUGCUGUUACUAUUUUACUUACAUUAUUGAGGCCCUCCUCUGACACAUACUAAUUAAUUGGGCAAAUACAAAAGGAGGUAGCCUUAAGGGUGGGGGGGGUGCCUAAAGAGAAUCUUGGAUUAGAUUCAGAUUCUGGGUUUGCUGUUGAGUAAUUGGGGGUGGGGAGCAGCAGAUAGAAGGCCAGGAGACCUAGAACCCAACCUCACCCCUAAAUACUACUUCUUCUCUGGGCCUCAGUUUCCUCAUCUGUAUAGGAGGAAGCUAAACAAGAUGAUGUUCAAGGUCCCUUCCCAGUCCAAGAUUCUAUGAGGUGGUCACUCUACCAGUCCAGGGCUCAGUUUCCCCAUUUAUCCAAUAAGGAAGUUGGACGAGCCAAUUUCCAAUGCUUCUUCCAAAUCCAAGAACUUGUGGAUCUUUCUGUAGGGCCUGGGCAAUGAUUUCCCAGAUCUGAGGCUCACUUGUCUCAUUUGUAAAGUAAAGGCAUUGGUCCACAUCAUCCUAGAUCCUUCUUCCACCAUCCUCUAACAUUCUGUGAUUGUGGGGAUCAUUAUUCCCAAAACUCCAGGAAUCAGUCUGAGUUAAGAAGGAUGUUGCCUAAAGUAAUGCCCUUUAUAGCAAGUCUAGACACAUCCCCAGGUGAGGUCUACACAACCUCUCCCUAAGUUCAAUGGUUUUCUGCUCCUUAUAGUUGAGAGCAGCAGUAGAUACUUAUUACUGAUUCCCUAGAGCCUAGCAUAAAACCUGGCACACAGUAGGUGCUUCAUAAAUGCUCUGGGGAUUGGACUGGACAAAGCUUAGUAAGAAAGCAGCAUGCUUACCUAGUAGAGAUAGGUUGUGGUUUUAGAGUUCCAUUAUAGCAGAUGGUGGCCUCAGUGAAUUGAGUCAGGUACUGACUGUGUGAGCCGAGUCAUUUCAUUUCUAUGAGAUGCAGUUUCUACACCUGCAAAGAGAGUAAAGCAAUGGUCUCCUCAUAAGGUUGUUAUAUUGAUCUAAGAAGAUAAAGUAGGUGAAAUGCUUUGUAAAUCUAAGAGUGCCGUAGACCUGCCAUCUGUCAAUCUCAUUUUCAUUCUUUUCAUUUUACACUGGUUGGACACCACACAGAAGUAGUCUAAGGAGAAGCUGCACCCUCCAAUUGUCUUUUUUUUUAAGUGAGGCAAUCGGGGUUAAGUGACUUGCCCAAGGUCACACAGCUAGUAUGUGUCAAG